AUGGACCCGCUUCACCCUUCCAAAACAUUCAGCGUUGAUGAGUCUAUAUCUCUCACGCUUAACAAGACUUCGCUCAAGAUAACCAUGCCUGGGCCCAAGACUAUAGAUUUCCACUCCAUCUUGAACGCCUAUAUCGCCCAAGAUGGUCUCACAAUAACCUACCUCGACAGAGAAAGUCCGUCAUUGAACUCAACAGCACCAAUAAAUGCCCUGCACUAUCCAAUCACUGCAGGACAAAAAGAGCAAGUCACCCUCUGGACAGAAAAUCUUCUCUCGCACGCAUACGGCCAAGCACAGCGAAGCAAGAGGCUAAAAGUCCUCGUCAACCCAUUCUGCGCCUCAGCACUGACGAAACUCCGCAAAUUUGCCGCGCCGAUCUUUGGAGCUGCACACUGUGAGAUCGACGUUGAGGAGACGCGGUAUCGAGGCCACGCGGGCGAGAUAGCUGAGAAUAUCGCUCUUGAUGCAUAUGAUGCUAUUGUAUGUUGUUCCGGCGACGGGUUGCCGUAUGAGGUUUUCAAUGGGCUGGCAAGACGGUCUGAUGCUGUCGAGGCGCUGUCGAAUAUGGCUGUUGCUAUGAUACCCUGCGGCUCGGGGAAUGCGAUGGCUUGGAAUCUCUAUGGUACGGAUGAUCCUUCGCUGGCUGCGCUGGGAAUUGUGAAGGGGGUGGAGAUGCCCUUGGAUCUGGUUUCUAUUACGCAGGGGACGCGGCAUAGUGUUUCGUUUCUGUCUCAGGCGCUGGGUGUUCUGGCUGAUUGUGAUUUGAAGACUGAGCAUUUGCGGUGGAUGGGGGAUACUCGGUUCAUUUAUGGGGUUUUUGCUACAAUUGCUAAGAAUACUAAGUAUUCUUGCCAACUUGCUUUUAAGCCGACGGGUGGAGAGGCGAGCAAGAAUGCUGAGAAGAAGAUUUCGGCGAAACCUCAGAACUAUCCCACCAGUCUUCCUCUUCAAUAUGGUACCGUUUUAGACGAUGUUCCUGACGAUUGGGAGAUUAUGCCCCGGGAGCGAUUGGCCAGCUUCUACACCGGCAAUAUGAAGAUAGUCGCCAAGGAUACGAAUUUCUUCCCCGACGCAGAGCCAAAUGAUGGCUUUUUGGAUAUCAUGAUGAUAGACGAUACAAUUGGAUGGGCGGCCUCCCUAGAAGCAAUUAUGAAGCUUCCGCAGGGAAAAUGCAAUGACCUCCAAGAUGUCGAAAUGAGGAAGGUUUCCGCCUAUCGUUUGACGCCCUGGAAACCAGAUGGAGAUAUCAGUGUUGAUGGUGAAAGGUAUCCAUUCGAAGCCUUUCAAGUAGAGGUUCACCAAGGUUUGGGUCGAGUGCUCUCGAAAUCUGCGGACUCAUUUCAGAUAGUAGGCUAA